AUGAGCGGUGGUUCUUUGCUGCGGCUGUUUCAGUCCGAGUACUUUGAUGCCCACUUGCACAUGCACUACCUUUUGCGCAUGGAGCAAAGUGGAGUGCAGGACUAUCUAGUAAACGAGCUGUACAAAAUGACGGAUGAUGAUGUUGACUUUUAUCUGCCGCAGCUGAGCCAAGUUGCGCUACUGCGAUACAGCAAAUCAUCACUACAUCGCUUUCUGCUGGACAAGGCCGCUCAGUCCAUGCCCUUUGCGCUGAAGAUACACUGGCUUGUCCGAAGCAUCUCAGAGGACAAAACGCCAGAGCUGUACGAGAAUGCAAUGGCUAUGUUGAGCCUCUGUGAAGCUGCGAUGGUCAACUCGACGGUGGCGGUUGGAAAGACCGAUGAGGCCGCCGACGGGCCACCUCGCGUCCAGCGCAUGCUUAG